UAGAAGCUGUGCUCUGUUUAACAUUGAUCCUAAAGCCUGGAGGACCCUGGGCAACGAUGCCGAAGGUUUUGGAUACCAGGUCGUGCAGAGAUCAUCUGACUUGCUGGUCAGUGCUCCUCUUGAACAACACUCUCAGAACGAAAGAGGCCAAAUAUACAAGUGCUCCACCACUUCCUGCAGGCCACUUCCAGUUUCACCACCAGAAUUUGCAGUCAACAUGUCCCUUGGUUUGACGAUGACACGUGAUCCUGUGACACAAAACACAUUGGCUUGUGGACCAACCAUCCCCAAAGACUGUAGAAGUAUCACCAUGUACAACGGUGUUUGCUUUCAGAUAAAGGAGAAUGACAAUAUCCAAAGUCCAAUGCCCUCUGCUGCUCCUGAAUGUCAAACCCAAGCAGACAUUACAUUCCUGUUGGACGGCUCUGGCAGCGUAGAUAGCCAAGACUUUACUACAAUGAAGGAUUUUGUGAUGGCUCUGAUCAGAGAAUUCCAGAGUACAGAUACAAAGUUUGCCAUUGCCCAGUUCUCUGGAGAAUUUGAAAUCCAUUCUUACUUGAAUAAAUAUGAUGCUUCAAGGUGGCAAAGUGAAAUCCAAAGGAUCACACAACUUGGUGGAUGGACUCAUACAGGGACUGCGAUCAACCAUGUUGUCAGAGAGAUCUUCGAUAUAGGGGCAGGUUCAAGGACAGGUGUGAAGAAAGUUCUGAUCGUGGUUACAGAUGGACAAUCUAAUGGUGGUGAAAACUUGCAAACUGCUGUUAAUAACGCAGAAAGAAAAAAAAUUGUUCGGUUUGCAAUUGGGGUGGGUAAUGCGUUUUCUAAAAGCACAGCAAGAGGAGAACUGGAAACAAUUGCAUCUUCACCCCAAGCAAACCACAUCUUCCAAGUGCGAAACUUUGCAGCACUUGAAAAUAUAAGGCAGAGUUUGCAGGAGAAAAUCUUCUCUAUUGAAGGAUCUCAGUCCACUGGAGAGAAACUGAAAAAAGAGAUGUCUCAAGGCGGAUUCAGUGCAGCGUAUGCCCCUGAGGGAAUACAGAUGGGUGUUGUUGGUGCAAACACAUGGAGGGGAGGCUUUGAGAGUUACACAGCCAGCGGCCAGCACAGAUCUUCCUAUGAGCCCAACGAUAUGGCUGCCGACAGUUACCUUGGAUACUCAAUGGCGGUUGCUAAAACCAUCCGCGACUCACUGACCAUUGUUGGUGCUCCAAGAUAUGAACACAGAGGAGCUGUGAUGGUGAUUCGCAAAAACAGUCGUAUUCAAAUGAUUGACCCCUCCCAAUGGCAGUUUCAGAGUGGUGAAUAUUUUGGGGCGGAGGUUUGUGCGAUGGAUCUAGAUGGUGACACCUACACCGAUCUGAUUCUUAUAUCAGCCCCGAUGUACGUGGAAACUGACAGAGAGGGGAGAGUUUAUGUUUGCCGCUUAACUGAUUUGAAAGUGGACUGUCACUUAGAUUCUCCGUUAUUACUGCAAGGGGAUGCACCCAACAAAGGCAGGUUUGGGUCUUCUCUUGCCGUACUGCCUGAUCUAAAUAGAGACCGUCUCAAUGAUUUGGCUGUUGGAGCGCCUUUUGAAAAUGACAAUCAAGGCAGCAUCUACAUAUUCCAUGGUGAGAGGGGAUUAAGAGGAAUCAAUCCUGAGUCAUCACAGAGAAUUGCUGGCUCUGAGGUCCAGUCAGGGCUGAUGUUCUUUGGCAUGUCGAUCAGUCAGUCAUCUUUUGACCAAAGUGGGGACAACCUGCCAGACUUAGCGGUGGGGUCAAAGGGCAAAGUUGUUCUACUCAGAUCAAAGCCAAUAGUAAUGGUAGAAGCCACUGUGUCAUACUCCCCAAAACAAAUCACUCAAAACUCAGACUGUUCAGCACCAUUAAGAAUCACAGCUGUAAUCUGCUUUUCCAUGACCAGACACUCUACUGUCAACUCAGCUCAAGCAAUGAUCAACUAUACUGUCACACUGGAUUCUGCUCGCAAGGCACCACACAACCGAGCUUACUUCAGUGAAAAAAAAACAGAGGAUAGCAAAUCAAUUACUCUUGCUUUACAACGGAAGCAGUGUAACACCAUUGCCUUCUUUGUUGAGGCUUGCCCUGAAGAUGCUCUGAAUGAACUUCGUAAUGAACUGAAAUUCACCUUUGAAGGUUUGCCCUCUGUAAGUGGUCUCACACCAAGUCUGGCCCAGCAGGCUCAAACAAAAGAUGUUCAUGCUUUAGGGUUUGAGAUCAACUGCGGCGCUGAUGAAAAAUGUGUCGACAACUUGAAAGUGGAUUUCAACUUUACCAGAUCCUCAGAGGUCAAAGUUGGCAUUGAUGAACUGUUGGAUGUCACUGUCUCAGUGAAUAAUAUAGAGGAAGACUCCUACAACGCUCAUGCCAUUCUCACAUAUCCUGCUGGACUCUCAUACAGGAAGUUUACAAUUCUGCGGGGAAGAAUUGAGUGCAAUUCCUUGGACAGUGAAGACGGUUUAUCGCGUGGACAGACAGACUGCACUAUUGACCAGCCCAUCUUCAAAAGCCGCACUGAGGCUCUUUUCAUUGUCUCCUACGGGAUUGAAACCAAUAGUCAACUUGGCAACAAAAUUAAUGUCACUGCAAAUGCUACAAGUGGGAAUCAGGAUCACUCCACGUCAAGUGACCUCUACAAAAUGAAAGAGAUUGCUGUGAAGUACAGCAUUUUUGCAACAAUUGAUAGUUCUCUGAGCUACAACAAUUUCAGUUUUGGAAAGAACGAUCUGCAGAAACCAGUCCAGCAAUCCAUUGUGGUUAAUAAUGAUAACAGAGUUGUAAAUUACACUGUAGUGAUCAUGGUGCCUGUACAGCUCGGUGAUAAAGACAUCUGGGUGGAUUCCAGCAGUUUUGUGAUCCCAGAUUGCCAAAGACAUAAAGAUAAGGAACCUCAGGUCAAAGAUUUUGUCCCUCGAAUACAGAAGAAUAAGAUAGUGGACUGCUCUGUAGCCAGAUGUGGUGUGUUCAAGUGCAGUCAGUUAAUGGGAAGACUGGAGAAAAAAAAGUAUGAAAUCUCUGCCAACCUCAGCUCUGGAUGGAUAGAACAGAUAGGACUUGAAUCUGCCAAAUUCCAAGUGACCAGCACAGCUACUCUGGAUUACGACAAAAACCAGUACAUCUUCUUUUCAACAGGAUCUAGUAACAACCCGCCUGUUCGCAAGAUUGAGGCAGAGGUUGAGGUGUAUCCUGAACCUGACUUCACUAAAGAGAUUAUAGGAGGGUCUCUGGGAGGGUUGCUUCUACUGGCUUUACUCACUGCUGGCCUGGUUAAGGCAGGAUUUUUCAAGAGUAAAUUGCAGCAGAAGAUGGCUGAGAGCGCAGGAGAAGAAGGGGCUCCAGGUGCUGAUGGAGAUAUGGCCGCACCCGAAUAACACAGUUGAUGCCUCACAGACAUCACUUGUUUCCAGAUCCAGUGAGAUCAUAGCACACAGUGUAACAAUUACUGCUGAGGAGACAGCACAUAUACUGUUUGAACAUUUGCAGCUGUCGUUUCGGAUUAAUUGUACCUGGUAGCAUUCUUGGUCCUAAUACCAAAGAAAUCUGCUUUUAUAUUUCUGCAAAAUAGAUAUUUAAUUUAGUGUAUUUUUUUUACAUGGUGAAAAGGUCCAAACUGAUUGAGUCUUGCUCUCAUCACACACUGUUGUACUGUAAAACUGCUGAAUAAAUAUUAAUUUCUCACUUGCUAAAAAAGCCCGAUGUGAAUGCAUCUCAUACUGAAAAUAUGAAUGUCUUUGUUGAGUCUACCAAGGAACAUUGUCAAUACUAAUAAAUGCUUUUUUUUUAUAAAAAAACAAACCACUCUUUUUAUGCAUAAACAAUUUUUAUUAAUCACAAUAACCGACAGUUUGAGAGCAUUUAACUUCAUUUAUGAGUUAUUUUCACAGUUUUGUUGAAGGGAAGGCAGUGGUAUUAGGAAUAGUUUAACCAAAGUCACUGAGACAUAUACUGAAAGGUUUCCAUGUAUAAUUUAUAAAAAUAAAGCAUUGUAAUAUGAUAAAAUAUAAACUUGAAGUGUAACAUUCUAUCUGCUUAACCUGAGUACAUUAACUGCAUUAACAGAAUACAAAAGGAGCCUUGAGAAGAGUGUUAAAGUUGUUCCAAAACUUGACUUUAAGUGCAUUAAUAAACUUUUUCAGCUGUUCCCAUUGACAGCAAACCUAA